AUGUGCCCUUUGCAGCGACCUCCUGGUGAGGGUGACCUCCGCGGCCCAUGCCCGGGUCUCAACAUUCUCGCCAACUACGGCUACAUCAACCGCAACGGUUAUGACACCACCGUCAACAUCAUUCUCGCCUCGAACAAAGUCUUUGGCAUGGGUAUUGACCUGGCCACUGCCAUCGCGGGCUACUGCGCCGUUGUUGCGGGUGACAUCCUCACCCUCGGCCUUGGCCUGACGGGCGACAACGGCAUCCUCGGCAGCCUCCUGGGCGAUGGCCUGCUCGGCAAGCCCAAGGGCCUCGACUGGUCGCACUACCGGUUCGAGUCUGACGUCUCGCCCACGCGCAACGACGUCUGGUACGACAACGACCCGGCGUCCAUCCACAUUGAGCGCUUCACCUCGCUGUACAACCGCGGUCUGACCAAGCCUGGCAAGGGCGGCAUCGACCUGACCGUCUUGACCCCCCAUCGCCAGGAGUGGACGCGCCACUCGAUCGCCAACAACCCGUACUACUGGAACGGCCCCUUCACCGGCCUCGCCGUGGUGACGGCCACUCACAUCUUCACCUACCGCUUCCACGCCAACUACACCACGGGAAGCCUCGACGGCUACCUCGACGGCGAGGCCCUCAAGCUGUGGGAAGGUGUCAGUGGCGAGCCGGGCAACUUCAAGUUCACCUACGGCAGCGAGCGCAUCCCCCCCAACUGGUACCGCCGCCCCGCCGGCUUCGACUACGGCCUCAAGGAGUUCUCCGUCGACGCGCUCUGGACGCUCGAGCAGGUCCCCGACCUGGCCGCGUUCGGCGGCAACACGGGAAAAGUCAACAGCUUCGUGGACGUCAACGUCACUGACGUGACGGGCGGCGUGCUCACCGCGACGAGCCUGCUCGAGGGCAACAACAUGCUGUGCUUCGCUUUCGCCACUCUGCACGAGUUCAUCCCGGACCUGACGAGGGGGCUGGUCAAGAACACCCUCCAGGCCGUAAACCAGAUCACCGACGCGCUGGCCCCGGUCUUUGCGGCGCUCGACUGCCCCCAGCUGAGCAAGCUGGAUGCUAGCUACUAUGACCAGUUCCCUUCUCGCCGCAGUGCCAUCUAG